AUUUUAUAAAUAUUUGUCUACAAUGUGUAGAAAUUUUAAUGUCAUUUUUUACUUUUUUAGCAACAAAUUCUCAGAUUAAUGACAAAAUAACUCAAGUAUUAGCAACAUAUCAAAUUAAAACAGAUCCUUGGACAUCAGAAGAUAACUAUAUUAUUUCUUCACGAAUACUAGAGACUUGGAAAAGCAAUUUAAUCACCAAAGAAGUUCUUAUACGGAUUUUAAUGGAUGGUAUUCGCCCAUAUUUCUCAUUUCAUAAAAAUAAAUAUUCUUUUGCUCGUUAUAAAAAACCAGAAAGUGAAAAAACUAUAUACACAAGAUAUGAAAAUAUAUAUUCAGCGUUGGAAGACUCUAAAAUAGAACCUUGGAAAACAGAAAAAGUAGAAUGUGCAUCUAUUCUUGAAUGGACACUUUCAGUGUGUCAGAAAGAAAUAAUUGAAAAUAACUUUUUCCUUAUAAUUCCACCUCUAGUAAUACUUUUAGAAGAUGCAAAUCCUAAUUUUAAACUUAAAAGUACACGUUGUCUUCACCAUUUGUUAUCAAAAUGUGAUAAUGUAUUUGUUGAAAAGACAGGGAUUGGAAAUCUUUUUUGGGAACAACUUAUUCAAUGUCUUUCAUAUCAUCCACCUUCAAUUCAUGUCACUAUUUCUAUUCCUUUAUUAAAAACAUCACUGAAUAAUCUUAUAAUGCUUGCACUUUUAAUACAACCAGAGUCAAAAAGUCAAAGAGUGAAACUUUACGAUAAAAUUAUUUAUGCUGGCGUGUUCAAUGGUAUGCUUUAUUCAGGAGAACAGCCUGAUAUGGUUAUAUUAUUUAUGGAAUAUACGAGAAAACUCGUAAAUAUGAUGGGAAUCUAUGCAACGAAACAUAUUAAGAUGUUAAUCCCUCUUGUUUCCUCUGUUUUAGAAAAUUCUUUUCAACUGAAUCAUCUUCAACAACUUGUUGAAGCAUCAAAGGCAUUAAAAACAAUAAUAUGCGUUUGUUGGCCAAGAAUAGGUCCUUAUCAUCCAACAAUCUUAAAAGGUAUAUGUUUCUGUUGGCUAAAUAUACAAUCACAAAAAGGUAGUCUUAUAGAUGAAAUAAAAAAAGAAUUAAAUUACUGUAUAAAAGCAUUGAAAAAGAUAAUGGGAACUGAAUUAGAUAAAGAUUUUCAAGCACUGAUGAAUGCUGAUCCUAACAUGAUUUCUUUUUUCAAAGACAUAUAACAAAAAUACAA